CGCAUGUCAGUACGGGACCGUGUCCGUCAGCACGGGCGAGAAAGAAACGGAGUAACCGAGCGGAGAGGCUUAGCACGCGCGUCGCUUGUUUCUUUUCUUUUCUUCGUUUUCUAACAAUAGAGUCGUGUUUCCGUAAAGUGCUUUGCGUGUGUGUGUGUGUGUGUGUGUGUUUCGUGCGCGGGAAUCGCGCGUGUUCCCCGCCUAUGGAUGUGUCCGUGUUCUGAAGUUAACCGCGAGCUCGUGCGCUGCUGUUUUGUUGGGCUCGCGCGCUCGCGCACUCUGCCCCGGUGUGCAGGCAGGAAGGCAGGCCGCUUUGGGCUGUGUGUUUCUUUGUAUUAGUGUGUCUGUGUGUGUUUUUCGCCCUCUGGUCAGUGUUUAAAUGUUCCUAACGGAGGGGGGGAUUAAAAAGGGCAAAAUCCGCUGCGCUGCUUUUUCAAUAAGAGGAAUAUGAUCGCUUCCUGGCUGACUUUUGCACUUCUUUUGGGAACUUUUGGUGCAGUACCCAGCCAUGGAGAGGUGGAGACGCGAGAGUGUUUGUACUACAACAUCAACUGGGAGAUUGAGAAGACCAACCAGAGCGGCGUGGAGCGGUGCGAAGGUGAAAAGGACAAGCGCUCUCACUGCUAUGCUUCAUGGCGCAACAACUCGGGAACCAUCGAGCUUGUGAAGAAGGGCUGCUGGUUGGAUGACUUCAACUGCUAUGACAGGCAAGAGUGUGUGGCCACAGAGGAGAACCCACAGGUGUUCUUCUGCUGCUGUGAGGGCAGCUUCUGCAACGAGAGGUUCACACACCUGCCAGACGUGAGCGGACCAGUGAUCGAGCCCCCUCCUGCUGCACUCUCUCUGCUCAACGUAUUGGUGUACUCCCUGCUGCCAAUCACCAUGCUGUCCAUGGCUCUGCUGCUGGCCGUCUGGAUGUACCGCCACCGCAAGCCGCCCUACGGCCACGUCGAUAUCAACGAGGAUCCAGGUCCAGCCCCCCCGUCUCCUCUGAUAGGGCUGAAACCCCUGCAGUUGUUGGAGAUUAAGGCUAGAGGGAGAUUCGGUUGUGUGUGGAAAGCCCAGAUGAUGAAUGAAUACGUGGCUGUGAAGAUCUUCCCCGUUCAGGACAAGCAGUCGUGGCAGAACGAGCGAGAUAUGUUCACCACGCCAGGGAUGAAGCAUGAGAACUUGCUGCGUUACAUUGCUGCUGAGAAACGCGGGACCAGCCUGGAAAUGGAGCUGUGGCUCAUUACCGAGUUCCAUGAAAAGGGUUCUCUGACUGAUUAUCUGAAGGGCAGCGUUGUAAGCUGGAAUGAGUUAUGUCACAUUGCUGAAACUAUGGCGUGUGGCCUGGCCUACCUUCAUGAAGAUGUACCACGGUACAAAGGAGAAGGCCCCAAACCUGCUAUCGCUCACAGGGACUUCAAGAGUAAAAACGUGAUGCUGAAGAAUGAUCUGACUGCUGUCAUCGGUGACUUUGGGUUGGCGGUGAAGUUUGAGCCUGGAAAAGCUCCAGGAGACACUCAUGGCCAGGUUGGCACGCGGCGGUACAUGGCGCCCGAGGUGCUGGAGGGAGCCAUUAACUUCCAGAGGGAUGCGUUUCUGAGGAUAGACAUGUAUGCCAUGGGACUCGUGCUCUGGGAGCUGGUGUCCCGCUGCACAGCCGCUGAUGGUCCAGUGGACGAGUACAUGCUGCCCUUUGAGGAGGAGAUUGGACAGCACCCGUCCCUGGAGGACCUGCAGGAUGUCGUCGUCCACAAAAAGAUGAGGCCUGCGCUGAAGGAGUGCUGGCUUAAACAUCCUGGUCUGGAGCAGUUGUGUGAGACGAUAGAGGAAUGCUGGGAUCACGACGCUGAGGCUCGUCUCUCAGCGGGCUGCGUAGAGGAACGUCUCUCUCAGAUCCGGCGCCUCAGCAGCGGCCCUGCCUCCGACUGCCUCGUCUCAGUGCUCACCUCCGUCACCAACGUGGACUUAGCACCCAAAGAGUCCAGCAUCUGAGAACGAGCAGAGGGAGGGGGAGGGGUGGGGGGGUCGAACGCGAACUCUGAAAAAAGCGAAACCCGAAGCGACAGAAACAACCUUCGUCUUUCCAGACUCAGCGGAUCUCAGACAACAAUGAAUGCAGCUGCUAUUUUAUCCUGACGUUUUUUAAAUUAAUUAUCAUUAUUAUUAUUCUUAGUAUGAUUAUUAUUCUGAUCGGAUCAAUACUACCAGCACACUUCGCUACUGUAUUUUUAUCAAGAGAGGAAAACACAAAAGCUAAAAAAAAAGCUAAAAAAAAAUAAUAAAAUAAUAAUAAUUUUAAAAAAAAAUACAAAACAGCAUAAGGACAUCUCAAAUCGCAUUCAGGUGCCGACUUAUGAAUGCUGACAAGAUGCAGGUACCUCAACCGUUUCAGUUCAGUGGUGGUUUUUUCCGUUUUUUUUUUUCCUUUAUGUUCCUAUUUUUCUGUCUUUUGGACAGGAUUGCCUGAGGCAAAACCAACCAACACAUCAAGCAACCGUUCACCAUGUUGGGAAAUACAACAAUGCUGCAAAACCUGAGAGGAGCAUUUAUGACUGUUACAUUAACCUUCCUCAAGGGUUUUUUAUUUCCGAUUUUUUUAAGAACUUUUCCUCUCUGUGUGCUAUUCAAAUUUUACGGAAAACGUGUCUUUUACGGAACUAACGGGUGUCUCUAGAACACAACAAAAUGUGGAAGACAACUGGAUUGUUUAUUUUGUUUGUUUUGUUUUUUGUGGGUUUUUUUGGGGGCUUAUUUUUCUUCCUUCGUUUGGUUUUGUGCUGUUGAAGCUGGCGACUGUGAAGAGGGGGUCGGUUCAGAAUUUUAUCGCGUGGAAAUGAGAAUUUAGGUUCGAGAAAUUGGCUUUGCGUUUAGAGGUAGCGGACGAGUCGAGGAUUUGGAACAACGCGUUUUAUUUGGUACGGAAUUAUUUCUCAGGUAAACAGUUUGGGUCAGGGUGGGGUCGGGUUUCGGGGGGGGAUGGGUGACUGCCAUUUUUCCCUAGCAAAUAGAAGGAGAACCGUUGAAGGGUCGGUUUUAACCAGAAUGAAAUUUAACACUAAAAUGUUCAUGCAAAACCAUGAUGAGAGCGUGGGUGUGUGGGUGAACAUGUGUGUGUGUCUGUGUGUGUGUAGCUUAGAGAGACCUUGCGGAGGGUUCCGGCCCUAUUGGCCGUCAAAACAGUUUUGUUUUGUUUUUCUUUGCCAAGUCCACGCACAUAUUAGAUACCCGGAUUUGAGGACCUUGACCGAAACAGCAGACUCAUGAUCGUUUCGAAGGCUUGUUUUUGCGACUCUUGAGCAGUUGAUAAGAAGGAUUUUUUUUUUAUUCGUCGAUUCGCACGUUUUAGCCGUGUCCCUUUUGCGUAUUAUCGGUAUCUCAGAGGGACCAACUUUAAGAAUCGGAUCUUGUGGGUCCUACAUUGUAGAUACUAGACGUACGGCGCAAUAGACAUGACAUUCAGCCCAGUCUUUUAUUAAGAGUGACUGAAACGCAUUCGUUCGAGAGAAAAACUACAACCAGGAAACUUGUUUUUUUGUUCGUUUCUGUUAUAGUUUUUUUUGUCUUAAAAGUGGCAAGAAUUCACAUUUCUGUUUGCCACAGUAUAACAGUGAAUGUCCACAAUGCUGCUGUGUUCACUCAAAGCUGAAAUAUUUUUUUUUUCCUUUCCAUUUCUUCUUUGCAUUACACACACAACUUCUCAGUAAAAUUCAUUUUCAAAUGCAACGCAAUGUCAAGAAAAACGACGAGGCUUCCGAGAAGAACGAGAGCAACUCUAAACAAUAAAAAAAUUUGUAGAGGACAAAACACAAAAAGCUUAAAAAAAAAAUAAUUAAAAAAGAAGAAGAGAGAUAUUGUUCAUGAACCACAGACCACCUCAAACCAGAAAUACCUCAGAUUUUUCUAUGUGUAUGACUUGUGUUAUAUAUUCUGUUAGCUGUGUUGACUUAUAGUAAGUAUAUUUUGAUUUUAAGUUGGCUUUUAAGAUUAGGGAGUUUUGAAGGGGGGGGAUCCAAAAUCUUUGAAGAAGUGCUACCACAUUAUGGUGUAUAAAUAGAAAACCCGUGUAAAUAGCUGUAAACAGGUGUAGAAUUCUGCCUAUCUUUGAGACCAGGGCAUUAUUCCCUUAUUUUGUGCCGGCUUUUCUGUUCCCUCUAACUCUCCUUUCCUUCUCUGUUGCUCAAUGGGACAUCGAACCUUUAAUAUUAGGACUAUAUGAGCCUUCUCUUCUAAUGCGUCAAUAUGUAUUGGAUUUGUCGCUCAGAAAACGAGUUUUGCUGUUCCUUCUAAAAUGAAGCAAACUACCGUGCAGCUAAGUGACACGGCGUCGCUCGCUUCACUUUACCAAAUUAGCGCUUUCUGAAUUGAAACCAAAUUCGCUGGCUUGCAUUGGGCACUGAUGUUGUUAUACAGCAGCAGAAAUAUUACAGGGCAUGUCAUUUUAGAAAAAGAAGAAGAGGGGGAAAAAGGUUUGGUGUCCCUCUGUUUUCUCACUCUUGCCCAUGAGGCUUUGCAGCGGUUGCUUCUUUUUCCUCUCUAUGUCCUGACCAGAGCUUUAAGUUAUUUUGUUUUGAUUCAUGGUGCCAUAUAACUUCUCCGGGAUAUUCGCCUUUCAUCUGCGGUGCUGGAUGUGGGUAGAAUCGGGCCUGUGUGCGUGAGUGCGUGCGUAUGCUCGUGUGCAUGUGUGUGUGUGUGUUGAAGCUGGAGUGAAGCUUCCAGGGUGGCCCGUGAUCACAGGGAAUAUUUCGAGGCCAUCUUUGCACUCAUGGACUUGGUGUUUUUUGUUCCAGGGCCAGUUUUCGAAUAAUAUAAAAUGCUCGUUGCCAAACCAGAUAUUAGUAUGUGAAUCCCAACGCCCGAAGAUAAGCUUGUCAUAAUCUUAUCAUUACAUACUUUACAUUUAUCUGUUAAACUCACAGACACUUAAGAGAUUAACCCCUCCUCCAAACCCCCGCCUCCACUGACUUUCACGGCUUUACUACAGUCGAAUCGUCGUGUGUGUGUGCGUGCAUGUGUGUGCUCGGACAAUGUAGCAAGCAAUAUCCACAGCAAUAGCGUAGCAUUCUCUCUGAAGGGAUAAAACCUCUGGGCGAUAUGAUCGAUCCCCAGGUAUCAUACCAAAUCAUUGUCCUUAUAGUUUGUCGUAGGCUGCUGUUGUGUGAUAAUGUACACGUUCCCAUUGCUCAAGUAACAGUGUGUGUCUGUGUGUCCCCGCUUGUGGGGUUUUUUGUUGUCGUUGUUGUUGUUGUUGUUGUUGUUUUGUGUGUGUGUGUUUUUUUUUAAUAAUAUGUAGCCACAUUUCUUGCAUUUCUUUAAAAAUCUGCAAGAUGGUAACCAAAGUUUUGUUCUAAUUAGUGUCCGUGAUUCUGUAAAAGAAAAAAGUUUGUCGGGAAGACUUCUAACAGUUAAGGAUGGCUCAUGUCCACUAGAUAUAGAAGAAUUAGUUUGAAUAUACAUUGUGUUGUCCGGUUGAAGAAUAAUAUGGUAUUGUGGUUUUAUUAGGUUUCCAAAAAGGUUGCAAUUGUGGUUUUUUUAUUUAAAAAAAAAAACAAUUAAGUAGUUUUUUUGGUAGUCAUGUACAUUUUGAAAAGCUCUGAAUCAGGAUAAACACUAUGACCAACAUCAUAGAUCAUUUAAUGCAAUACCACAUCUCGCUUUUCAAUUUACAGGCACUAAGGGGUGGGGGUUGGGGUGGGGGCGCUAUUGAGUAAUUCCUAAGGUGAUAUCAUCUUAACUGUUGUGCCAAUUACAUGAGUGUUAUGUUCCGUGUAAUUUAUUAUUCAUUGUCUGCAAGGUAUGUAUUGACAUGAAUCGAUUUUGGGUUUUAAAUGUGCAUUUUAUCUCGACUCGUUAGAGUAGGCAUGUUUCUAUACAGAACUGGCUCACUGGUUCAUGUUACAAAGAUGGCCUCAUGGAAAGCUAGAUAAUUUUUACUAUCAGGAACGUUACAAACCUCUCAUUUUCAGGGGUGUUCUGAUGUGCCUGUGUAUUCUUGCUGAAGCAACCGCUGUCCCUAUCUCUCUCUCUCUCGCUCUCUCUCGUGGUCUCUGCCUCUCCCUCUCCACUUUGGUUGUAAUACUUUUCAGAAAAUAGUAUCUAUAUAUACUGUAUAUGAUAUAAAAAUCUCUAAAACGUGACCAGCUGUAACUCUGGAUGCAGUCUUAGAUCCAGGUUUUCAGGAACCGAUUACCUCAGAGCUCAUGUGAAUCAGUGUUGCUAGCUGGAUAGUCGUUGACACUUACAGAGAAAAUGUACACUAUUGUAACACACAUACGCGCACACACACACACACACACACACAUACAUAUACAUACAGACACGUACAUACACACGGGAGAACCUCUUUUGUACUGGUGUAACAUGUAUAAAGCACCCCUUGACAACUCAAAAACCUCUUUCGUCUCAAGCCUCUUGCCAAUCUCAGAAAAAGCAAUUAAACGGUACUAUACAGGGAAACACUUGAGCGCUUCCUAAAUUCCCACUUUCCCUCAUGAAAUGGGCUGAAGACGGUUUGAAUGACCUCAUUAAAUGCAGGCAUUGUUCACAUUUUUCUUCUGUAUCGUUACCAUUAGUGUCGAGCCUAAUUGUAAUCUCAGAGCAGGUUUUGGUGCAUUUCGUUACCUCAUAUUAUCCAAGAUGACAGUGUUCAGGUUAAAGUGUAGCAGGGUUGUGAGCCAGUACUCGAGUAUUAAAGCCUUUUCUUCAGGGGAAUAUAUACGGGGAAUAUAGACAAUUUUUUUUUUUUAAAUGCUAACACUUACAUUCGUUUUAAUUGUCUUGCACAAGGCUGCUUUCCCUCAAGGAGAAUAUAAUCACUCUCCCCUUAAUAGUACCUUUAUAUGGAACUGAAAAUGGACUUGGCUUGUUUUUUGUUUUUUUUGUUUGUUUUGUUUUUGUUUUUUUUGCCCAAAAAUUGUAUCAGUUGGAAGAAAACAAGCUCAAAAUCCAUUUAAUAACCAGUAAAGCCCCCCUGCUAUAUUCUUUAUAUCUGUAUAUAACAGAAGUGGCACACGAGAGAUGAAAGAAGGCGUUCUCACUUGUCUUGUCAAGGGGUCAUAUUUUAAGUGCUGUUUCUAUAUCGGGAAUAUGUGAAAUGUACAUGUUGUAGGUUAUGUUUCACUAUUGUAGCUAAACUUGUAGAACAGAGAUGGCUUGUACUACUGAUUUUAACAACUAUACUAAAAAAAAAAUCUGUAUAAGACAAAAUGGAUACAGAGAGUUGAACUUGUUGCUGUAGGCCCUCUUUUGGAUUGAAAGGUAUGUUGAAAAAGUUUUAUAUAGCCUAUAUGAAAUGCCCUGGGAUGGUCAGACAUCCAUUGUAUUGCCGUAAUGAACUGAGGACUUUUUUUGUUUUGUUUUGUUAUUUUUUUGUUUUGUUUUGAACGCUCAUUGUAACAUAGUUCUUUAAUUUUGCAGUGGAUCAUGGUUCCUUUUUACUGUGGUAAUUUUAGAACUACGUAUCCAGAGUUUGGACUAGUUUUGCCUAGAUGUUGGGAUGUGGUUGUUUCAGCUCUUCAUUGGUGCCAGAAUAAACCAGUAUGAAUGUAGUAUUUGCCCAAUGUGAAGCAACUACACCCUGACUGAGGAAAAAAAAAAGUACUAGGAAGGAUUAUUUCAAUUUUAUCUUUUUGUAUAUGAAAGUAAACAAUAAAAUGCUGAUAAAACAAAA